AGCAAACAAGCUAAUCAUUUAAGAAUAAUUGCAGUCCUGGGUUCAUGGAGUUAGUUUUCAUUUAUUUUACUAUCUUAUUUAAAUACAGUGAACUGAAGCUACAGGUCAGAUUCGUCUAAUUUUAAUCUCUGGGCUGACUAUUUACUAAUGUUGUUGAUUUAGUGUUAUUAAAGCUCUAAUGCUGUCUGAACACUGAUCAGGUCAAAUCUGGACUAGAACAUCCUAAAGAAGCCAAAAACACAGAUUCAGAUUUGUGAACCCUUUAUUAUGUGAGGUCUAAAAAACAUGAAAUCUCCUUUUUAAAAUAGUUUCACAAAUAAAUACUUAAGUUAUUUAUAACUGUCAAUAUCUGGGUCAUAAUUCUAUAAUCAAACAUGUUUCUGUGUUGGGUAAAUAUUGACAUUAGUAUUAGUUUCAGCAAUCCAAUGUUGCACCUGCUCUGUAUUUAAGUGGAACUCAUUCAGGGGUGUUUGUCUUCGUCCAGGCGGUGUACCUUGAUGCUGGUGCGGACGGCUCGGCUGCUCCCCAUCAUCGUCGUCUCCCAUCCUCUGCAUCCGUCCUGCACCCGCUCAGCCACACACACGUUUCGGUGGAGUUUAGGCAGCGCCGCUGCUGCUGCUGCUGCCCACCGAGGACUGAGAUCCAUGGAGCCCCUAAAUACGACCCCAGAGGUUCCCACCGCCAAACCUCCUGCCGAAUAUGUGAGCCUGGCGCCCACGGACACGGCGGCCGACGAGGAGACGUGUCCCGCAGGGCUGUUACCUGGGGAGACGGUGGUCAAGGAGGGCAAGGCGGCCAUCUUGUUUCCCAGUGCUAACGAGGUGUUUUACAACCCAGUCCAGGAGUUUAACAGAGACUUGACAUGUGCUGUUCUCACAGAGUUUGCCAGAGAAGUGCUGGCUCAGCGCGGUGUGAAGCUGGUGGUGCCGGGCGAGAGAGAGAGCGAGAGGGUGGUGGUCUCUCUGACGGAGGAGACCGACGAGGCCGACGUACAGACGGAGCAGAAGAACGGAGCCGAGGCUCCGACUGUAAAUGCGCUGGUGGGGGAACGAUGUGAGCACGGCCUCCGUGUUCUGGAGGGUCUGUCAGCGUCCGGUUUGCGCUCGGUGCGCUUCGCCCUGGAGGUCCCGGGCCUGCAGAGCGUCACCGCCAACGACUUCUCCGCCAAAGCCGCGGCGCUGAUCGGCAGGAACGUCGACUACAACGGAGUCGGCCACCUGCUCCGCGCCAGCUGCAGGGACGCCAGUAUGCUGAUGUACGAGAUGCGAGGGAAGAAGGAGCGCUAUGAUGUCAUCGAUCUGGAUCCCUACGGGAGCCCCGCCUCCUUCUUGGAUGCCGCUGUGCAGGCAGUCAGCGAGGGAGGUCUGUUGUGUAUAACGUGUACAGACAUGGCGGUGAUGGCAGGAAACAGUGGAGAGACCUGCUACAGCAAAUACGGUUCAGUCUCCAUCAAAGCCAAAUACUGCCAUGAGAUGGCUCUUCGUAUCAUCCUCCACAGUUUGGACCAGCGGGCGGGGGUGUACCAGCGCUACAUCCAGCCUCUGCUGGCUGUCAGCGUCGACUUCUACAUCAGGGUGUUUGUACGCAUCUUCACAGGACAGGCCACAGUCAAGAACUCAGCCAGUAAACAGGCUCUGGUCUACAACUGUGUCGGCUGCGGCUCUUUUCACCUCCAGCGAAUGGGAAGAAGAUCCAGCAACGGAAAACAUGUGAAGUACUCUCCUGCCACCGGACCUCCUGUUGGACCAGAGUGUGAGCACUGUGGACAGAGACAUCAGCUGGGCGGUCCGAUCUGGGCGGAGCCUAUCCACGACGUGGCAUUCGUCCAGAAGGUUUUGUCGGCCGUGUCGGGGAACCCGUCCCGAUUCGGGACGUCCAAACGCAUCGAGGGCAUGCUCAGCAUGGUGACCGAGGAGUUAGACGACGUGCCUCUUUAUUACACUGUGGACAGUCUGAGCAGCACCAUUCACUGCAAUACUCCGCCCCUGCUGCAGUUUAGGUCGGCUCUCCUUCAUGCUGGUCACAGAGUUUCUCUCUCUCACGCCUGUAAGAACGGCAUCAAGACGGACGCUCCUCCUGCAGUUAUCUGGGACAUCAUGCGCUGCUGGGAGAAGACCAAUCCUGUGAAGAGGGAGAAGCUGUCAGAGACUAGUCCCGCCUUCAAGAUCCUCUCCACCGAGCCCGGCUCAGAAGCCUGUUUCACUGUGAGGGAGGACGCUAACCCGCAGUCCCGUAAACGCCACCUGACCCGGUUCCAGGAGAACCCGCAGGCCUUCUGGGGACCCAAAGCUCGCGCCAAAGCCGGCGGCGGUAUCGUUACCGACCUGCAGGACAAGAGUAAGAAGUGCCAGAACAAGAGGAAGAACCAGAUCACAGACUCGGAGCUGAAAAACAUUCACUGUAAAAGGUUCAAACAGGGAACGUGCACACAUGGAGACAGAUGCUGCUACUCCCACGACCCGGAGCAGACGACAGAGCAGAAAACAACCGAGUGAUCUCCGGAGUUACUUCUCUUUUUAUAAUUUUAUUUCUGGAGUUUGAACGGCUCAGUGCAGCCCGGAUGAUUAAACAGAACCCGGUCAACAUGAACAUUUCUCAGUUUUACGCCAGAGCUCGUAACAUCUUUUGUUAUUUUGACUCGUUUCAAUAAAGUCCUCACGCUCAGUUUAAGUGUGUUCUUUUGGUGAACUUCGUCUAAUCAAAGAUGAGUUAAUAGAUGAGAAACUAAACUUCAUUCAUAGCUUUAUUAAAAACCAUUCAGGAUGCAUCCACAUGCAGUAAAACUCUUCAUAUAAAUAGAUUCCUGUCCAGAGAACGAGCAUCAGGAUGUUUUAGUGUCGCUGGAACAUUAAAGUGCAGAUUGACACAAAGUACGAACGAUAGACUUUAUUAUCAAUUGUUGAUCAGUAUGAAAUCAUGUUCAAU